AUGUGGUUCUCUAUUUUUACAAUCGUUGUUUUUAUAUACGUUAUUUAUCGUUUAUUGAAAUUUUGGAUAUUUGAUCCAUGGCGUAUUCACAAAGAUUUGUGGGCGCAAGGAAUUCCUGGACAAUACAUACCUAUAGUUGGUGAAGCUUUUAGUAUACGUCGUGCUAUUCUUGCUGAUGAUCCAAUGUCUUAUAAUAUUGAAAUGACAAAGAAAUUUGGUAGUUAUUAUCAUACAUCAUUUGGUCCUCUAGCUCGUUUGGUCAUUAGUGAUCCUUUAUUAAUUCGAGGAGUAUUGAAAACAAAUGCUCAUGCUUAUCAUAAAUCUACUUUAAUACACCUUAUUCUCGGUACGAUAUUAGGAUCUGAAAAUCUUUUAAUGGCUGAAGGUAAUAUUCAUGCACAACGUCGACGACUUAUUGCACCUGUUUUUCAACAGCAAAAUCUAAAUUCUAUGAUUUCAUUUAUGGUUGAAAUAACAUCUAAUCUUCUUAAUAAAUGGUCAUUGACUAUGACUAAUGCAAAUAAUACAGAUAAUAUAUUAAUUAUUGAUAUUCAUAAAGAAAUGACAGGUUUAACAUUAGAUAUUGUUACUGGAUGUGUCUUCGGAAGUGGACUAAUGAAAGAUGAACAUGUACGAGAAAUUAUUUAUCAAGGUCUUACGAAAACAUUAGAAGAUGUUGAAGAAAGAACAUUUAAUAUGAUUGCUAUUAUUCCAAUUAUUAAUCGAUUACCAUUAGCAAGUAAACGACGAAUUGAUAAAUCAAAAGAGAACAUUCGACAUGCUGUGAAACAAAUUAUUGAUGAACGAAAAAAAGGAUUUACUAAAUCUGCAUGCAAAGGGCCAGAUUUACUUGAUUUACUUUUAUGUGCACGUGGAAAUGAUAAAACAAGUAAAUUGACUGAUGAAGAAGUCUUUGCAGAGGCUUUAACAUUUGGUAUAAUUAAAAUCAUAAUAUAUUCUAUAAAAUUUACUUCAUAA